GGAGAAGGCCAUUUUUGUCAACAUGUUUCAAAUAAACCAAAUUGCCUGACGAGAUUGAAGUGACUGUUCGCCGUUAGUAAGCUGUCUCAUCUGCAAGUUAGCUGGGAAUAAACAUUGGCUUGUUAUUCGCUUCCUCGCGGGACUUAGCUAAUGUUCAGUGAAUUCGGUACGUUAGCUAGCUCGCUGCUGCCUGUGGCUGUCUUUACUUUCCGCUAAAUGUCGACCCAGUUUACCAUAAAACCGGUGUCUUUCUUCGCCUCAGCCUGAGAAAACCUUCUGAAGAUGGCGAGCGUUCACGAAAGUUUGUAUUUCAACCCCAUGAUGACGAACGGAGUGGUCCAUGCUAACGUGUUUGGCAUCAAAGACUGGGUGACUCCGUAUAAAAUCUCCGUCCUGGCGCUGCUCUAUGAGAUGACCGCAUCCAAGAUCACACUGCCAGAAAGAAGACGACUUAACAAGCUGAUUCUGCCCCUGCAGCAGGGUCCGGACCUGACUCUUGGUCAGUUCCUGCAGACGGUGGAGGAGUGUUGCUCUCAGACUGCAUACGCUGUCAAACUCAGGCUGCAUGAAAUGGCAGAUGGAGAGCUGAAAGACAUGGAGUACUUCUUUUCUACACUUCCCACUCCAUUCACUGCUUUUGAUUCUGAGGCAUAUAAAACCAGCGUUGUGGGUCUUUUUAUGAGACACAUGCUCCUGGCCUACAACAAGCUGUCCUUCAGUCAGGUCUACAAACUCUACAAGUCCCUGCAGCACUACUAUCACAGUCACUACGCCAGGCCUACUGAUGGUCAGGUGGGUUUGCCAGCACUGGUUGCCGAUGACUCUGAUAUGGACCUCACCAGCACUGAGGAUACUGUGGGAGACAGAAUAGACAAAGAGGAGUUGGACACCCCACUGCAUGAGUCAGAGCUUCGAAAUGACAGUACUCCAAGCAGAGGUCCCCUGUCACAAAAACAAGCAGAGUACUUUCUUGCAAGACAGGCGUACCUACUGAAGAAUGAUGAGAACAAAGCUCUGAAGCCCGCUGCGCUGCAGGAGGAGCUCAACAAUAUGCUGAAGUUUAACCCAGAUUUUGCUGAGGCGCAUUACCUGAACUACUUGAACAGCAUGAGAGUCCAGGACAUCUUCCUCUCCGCCCACAGUCUUUUACAUUACUUUGAUCGACUCAUCUUGUCCGGAAAUGAUGGAAAGAGCAACGGGGAUGAGGGCUACGGUCGAAGUCUCCGCUAUGCUGCUCUUAACUUGGCAAGCCUGCACUGUCGCUUUGGUCACUAUCACCAGGCUGAUCUGGCUCUACAGGAAGCUAUCCGCAUUGCACAGGAGUCCAAUGACCAUGUGUGCUUACAGCACUGUCUGAGUUGGCUCUACACAUUGGAACAGAUGAAGGGAUCUGACAGCACUGUGUUAACUGAGGAUUCAGUGAAAAUGGCUGCCCAUUUCUGCCUGCCAUACCUGGCAUCUCUGGGCAUUCAGUCUUUGGUCCAGCAGGGGGCGACACAGGGUAAAACAGCACACAAACUAAUGGACGCGCUGAAGGACACAGACAUCCUGCACUGGAAGCACAGUCUGUCGGAGCUGAUCGAGAUCAGCUUGGCUCAGACUACGUCCAUAUGGAGGAUGUACGGCAAGAGCACCAUGGCUCUGCAGCAGGCCCAGCUGCUUCUCAACAUGAGCAGUCUGGAGCCAGUCAACUUCGGGGUCCAGCAGAACAACACAGAGGCCUUCACCGUGGCUCUCUGCCACCUGGCCGAGCUACACGCUGAGCAGGGCCUGUACAGUGCAGUGUCAGAGAUUCUUCAGCAUCUGAAAGAACAGUUUCCUUCUCACUCACAGCAUGCAAAGCUCUGGAUGCUGUGUGAUCUUAAAAUCCAGUUUGAGAGACAUAUGAACGAAGGAAAAUACCACUUAGCGGAGCCACUAGUCACAGCCAUCUCUGCCUUGAACAAAACAGAAGGUCUUUACAGGAAAGCUCAAGUUCUGAAGGCUCUCAACCGCAGCACCGAAGCGUACAGCAUCUUACAGCGGCUACAGGUUCACUGUGAGAAGACGAAAUGUACAGAGAUGGUCAUCAGAGUGAUGCUGUCCACUGCUGAGCUCCACUGGGAGUCGUCUGGCUUCUCCACAGCUCUUCCUCUCCUCCUGCAGGCCUUGGCUUUGGCCAGACAGCACCACCUACAGUCCCUGGCCUCAGAGACCAUCCUUCACCUGGCCUUUACUCAGCUGAUGCUGGGAGUUCCUGAGCAGGCACUGAGUGUCCUGCAUGAAGCUAUUGAGCCAGUUCUGGCCCACGGCGCAGUCAUGGACAAAGGCCGAGCCCUGCUGCUGACAGCCCGCUGUCAGAUGGCAGUGGCUGGGUUCAGGCCAAAUGGACAAGGGCAAGCAGAUUUGCGUUCGGCAGUUUUGGCCGUCGACACGCUAGGCGAGGCUGCAGCCUAUUUUUCCAAACUGAACUGUAAGGAGCGGCUGCGGGACAUCCACUACCUGCAGGCUCAGCUCCACCACUCUCUGGGACAAACGUCACAGUGCAACAAAAGUGCCAUGGUCUUCCGACUGCUUGACCAGGAACUGCAGUCACCAGCACCACCAGUCUCCAUGCAACUCUAACAGCCCCCGGCCCAAAGUUGAGUUACUUCAGCUCACCACUAGAUGUUGGUGAAACUCUGUCCUGCUCACUUUCAGCUCUAAAGCAUUUCUUUUAUAAACAUUUUGAACUGGAGGUAAUAAUGGGACUCUUUUCAUGCAUUGCCGGGAUAAUUAUCACACACAACCCUGUCCGCAGUCAUAAAUAAGGCUAAGUUUCUAGAAGGUGACCAUGUCUCCACUGGUCUUCAUUUGCAGUCUGUUACCAAUUUGAAUGAUGGCCUGUUAAUAAAUAUAACCUGUUUUAAUAGCUUCCGCCA